AAGGGAAGACUUUUCCAAAUUAAAAAAAAAUCCAACUUUUCAACUGGAAAAGGUGAAAAGGAGUUUUAAUUCUUUAGAAAAAUACAUAUUUUGGGGUGUGACACAGGGUGCCCGGGGCAGGGCACAUGGAAAAUGCCCAGGGUCGGGUGGACUGCAGAAAAGAAGAGCAGCUUCUCCCAAAGCUGGUGGUUUGCACUGUCGUUACAUUCACUGGCCAGUCACACACGGGGAAAAUAACAGAAACUGAACAGGGUUCAUCUAGGAUCUGUUCCCAGAAUGGGAGGGGUGAAUCCUGUUCCGCCCCAGAAUUCAAGCAACCUCUCCCUGCUCAGCCCUGACUCGCGCCUCACCAAAACAGGAAAUUACUUAAUCAGUACAGAACAGUCCCUUCUUGUUUCGCCCCCUGAAGCAAAAUCCUGGCGAUUUUUCUCCUAACGGUGGAAUUUGUUCCAGCAGCAAAGAGUGAUUCCCUGACCCCACCCAUCAGGGGCACCUGGACCAUAAAGGACAGUUCCUCAGCACACACUGUGUAAGGAAAAUGGCAGGUACAAGAAGUUUCUGGGCAGAUUUAUUUUUAGAAUGGGUAAAUAACCUUAAUGGUCUGUCCCAUGAGGAAUAUGAAGAAUUCCAGGCUGCUGUCUGUGCAGGAAACCUUGCUGAAGCCAUCGCGGUGGUGAGGAAAUCUGAUGCCUUGUUAAAAAAUACCAAGCUUGACGUUGCCAUCACCGGAGAGCAGGGCUCUGGCAAGUCAUCUUUCAUCAACGCCAUCAGAAGCCUAGCUGACGAUGAUGAAGGUGCAGCUGAGACCGAGGUGAUAGAAUCAGUAAAGGAGGCAACUCCUUAUCCACAUCCCAAGCACCCAAAUGUCAUGAUGUGGGACCUGCCUGGGAUCGGGACACCAAAUUAUCCAACAAACACAUAUGUGAAAAAGGUGAAUUUUGCUCACUAUGAUUUCUUCAUCAUUAUCACAGCAGGACGGUUCCGAGAGUCGGAUGCCAGCCUGGCCCAGGAGAUACAGAGGAUGGGGAAGAAGUUUUACUUUGUCCGCUCCAAGGUGGACGUGGACCUGCGCAGUGAAAGAAAAGGAAAAACGAAGGUCGAGGAGGAGACAGUCCUGCAGACUAUCAGAAAUGACUGCAUCAGGAACCUGCAAGAAGCAGGCAUCCUUUCCCCACAGGUUUUUCUGGUGUCGAGAUGGGACUUUGAAAAGUACGAUGCUCCCCAACUUCAGGAGACCUUUUCGAAUGAACUUGAUACUCACAGGAGACAUGCCAUCUUUCAUGUCCUGCUCAGCACUUCUGAACAACCCUUAAACAGGAAGAAAGAGGCCGUGGAGCAGCAGAUCUGGAAGCAAGCCUUUAACUCAGGCAUUAUCGCUGCUAUUCCUCUCCCAUUUCUCUCUGUUUGGUGGGAUGUUGGCAUCUUGGUGGAUACCGUGACUAAGUUCUGUGAGAGCUUUGGCCUGGACGACUAUUCCCUCAGAGCCCUUGAAAAGCCCAUGGGCAAGUCUGGUGAGCUGAAGGCUGAGAUACAAUUCCCGCUGGCCAAAGAUAGAUCAAGAGGUGAGGUUUUCAAGCUUCUGAAAGAGGCUACAGGGCAGGUUAUGAUGCUAGCUAAGUAUUUCACCAGCAUGGUCCCAGGGAUUGGUACUGUGAUUGCAGCAGUGACGUCUUACAGAGUCACAGGCAGAUUGCUGCGUACGUUUGUGGCUCACGUUGCAGAAGAUGCUCAAAGAGUCCUGAAAAGGGCUUUGGAGGGAGCUGAGAAAAGAGAGAAGAUGGAAGAUGUAAAAUAUAACAUAUUUUCAAAAGACAGAAAUACCCUGCCUGGUCUGUCUGAGCAGGAGACUGAUGAGAUCAAGGCUGCUCUCAAAAUAGGAGACUUCUCAGGAGCAGCGUGUGUGGUGCAGAGGUCUGACAAGUUGUUUAACAACAUCAAGCUCAACAUCGCAAUCACAGGGGAAUCAGGAGCCGGGAAAUCAUCCUUCCUCAAUGCCUUCCGGGGCCUGGGAGAUGAGGAUGAAGGAUCAGCUGAGACUGGAGUGGUUGAGACAACCAAAGAACCAAUGCCGUACCAGCAUUCCAAGUACCCCAAUGUGAUCUUCUGGGACCUGCCAGGGAUCGGGACCCCAGAUUUUCAGUUAGACACUUAUCUGAAGCAGGUGACAUUCAAUCACUAUGACUUCUUCAUCAUCAUUGCUUCGGAGCGGUUCAGGGCCAUCCAUGCCAAACUGGCCAAGGAGAUCCGGAGGAUGGGGAAGAAGUUUUACUUUGUGCGCUCCAAGGUGGACUCAGACAUUUGCAAUGAGAAACACAAAAAGAGCUUCAGUGAGGAGAGAACCCUGGAGAAAAUCAGAAAUGACUGCGUCAAUCACCUGUGCAAAGAAGAGAUGAGCUCCCCGCAGGUUUUCCUUGUGUCAAGUAAGGAAUUUCAGAAAUACGAUUCUUCCGAACUGCAGAAAACAUUGCUGAAGGAACUGGAAAGUCACAAGAAACACGUUUUCCUCCUGGCCCUGCCCAACCUUUCGAAACCAAUCUUGGAAAAGAAAAAAAAAGCUUUCCAAAGACAGAUCUGGAAACAAGCCCUGAAGUCGUGUGCCAUCGCAGCUGUUCCUCUCCCGGCUCUCUCGGUGAAGUGCGACGUUGGCAUCCUGGUGGAUAACAUGAGAGAGUAUUGUGAGAGCUUCGGGCUGGAUGACAUUUCCCUCAGUAUACUCGCUAGACAGGUUAAGAAGUCUGUCGCUGAGCUGAAGAAUGUGAUCAAGUCCCCAUUGGCCAAGAAGAUCUCAAAAGAAAUGGCUGAGGAGCUGCUGACUGAGGCUACAGGGGAAGGUCUAAUGGUAGUUAAACAUUUUGUCAGCAUGAUACCGCUGGUUGGGACCAUAUUUGCUGCAGAAAGGUCUUUCACAGUGAUAUACAGAAUGCUGAACAGCUUUCUGGAUGGUGUUGCUGAAGACGCCCAAAGAGUCCUUAUCAAGGCAUUGGAGACAGAAGAGAAAACAAAUGAAUAACAGAAACAAAAGACCAACAAGCUGGCUACACGCCUCUGGCAGAUGGAGCUUGGAGCCAACCAGGGGAUAAUGGCAGAUUCUUCUAUACUCAAAUCUAAUGCAACAAAAGAAAAAACAUUGAAAAAGAUCUCCAGAGUUUGGCAAAACUGAGAUACAGUUUCUUCACCCCCUAAUUUUUUUAAGCAAGUCCCAGAUGGGAAAAUUGAGGGACAGCAGCAGGGCAAAUACCAGCUCAAGAAAUCCUGGUCUAUGUUAAUUAAAAAAUUCGGACAAGAUUUUUAAAAUAUACUUUAAUUUUCUCUGUGUCAGUCUGUGAAGAUUCCUUGUGUCCAGCUGAGGAUGUGGCCUCCUGUAUGCAGUGUAAACCGGUGCAGUCUGACCGUGAGCAGCCAGCAGAGCUGUUAUUACAGCGUAAAACGUGAUCAGAAAAUAGUUGAAACUGGAACCAGCUCCUUCCAGCUUUUGUUCUUUCCCUGAGUCCUUUUCCCUUUGUCAUUCAAUGCUGGGUUAGACCAGUUCCACCCCGAGCACUUGAACACAAUUAAUUGAAAGGACACCAUUAAAAAAUCGACUUCUGAGCAGAAAGACACCGACCUGAGCCUCUAUCCUGCUCAGCUGCUUCUGUUUGUCCUGGUGGCCGCCCCUCCCGGCCAUUGUGCUAACUAAAGUCACAGCCCUAUUCAUAGGGAUGGCUUG